UCUCUCUCUCUCUCUCUCUCUCGUUCUUCACCCUUGCUCACCUAUUCAUCUUCUCUCUCUGUCUCUCUCUCUCUCUCUCGACUUGUUUUUUUAACGAAUUUGGACAACAACCAACCACUACAACUACCAUCACAACCCCAAACCACCAGAUCGCCGGACUCCGGCAUGACCCCCCGGCGGAGCUUCAAGCUCCGGCCACCUCCUCCGCCGCCGAACUAACCGCAUAAUUAUCUUCACAACCCUCAAAAAACAUUACUACGCAGUUCACUCAUUGCUUGAUUAUUUGUUAUUGUUGCAACAAUGGCGGCAACAAACACCGCCACCCAACCGGUUACUCCGCCGCCGUCUACGGCGGCGCUCUCGACCGACGAGCUGGCCGCGAAGGCAGUGAACAAGAGGUACGAAGGGUUAGUGAUGGUACGAAAUAAAGCGAUUAAAGGGAAAGGAGCUUGGUACUGGGCACACCUCGAACCCAUACUUGCUCACAAUUCCGAUACUGGUUUACCCAAAUCAGUCAAACUCCGAUGCUCUCUCUGCGACGCCCUUUUCUCUGCUUCAAACCCAUCAAGAACAGCUUCAGAGCAUCUCAAGCGAGGCACUUGCCCCAAUUUCAAUUCUCUCCCAAAACCCAUUUCUUCAAUCUCUCCUUCUUCGAUGCCCAGUCUCACUUCUCCUUCGUCUUCUCAAAACCACCGCAAACGCCCCUCUUCCGGCGGCCGCGGCGGCGGUGGUUCUUCUUCUUACCAGGCUCAACCGCUAGCUAUUGUUGAUCCGUCAAGGUUUUCAGUGGAAGCGGUGUCGGUGGCUAGUUUUGCCGGCGGAGGCGGCGGCGCUUUGUAUGGUCAGCAGCAGCAUUUGAUGUUGUCAGGUGGGAAAGAAGAUUUGGGGGCUUUAGCUAUGUUGGAAGAUAGUGUGAAGAAGCUAAAGAGUCCCAAAUCAUCACCUGGUCCGAUUCUAAGCAAGACCCAGAUUGAUUCAGCUCUUGAUUAUCUAGCUGAAUGGCUCUAUGAAUCUUGUGGGUCAGUCUCAUUUUCGAGUCUCGAGCAUCCAAAAUUCAAAGCUUUUCUUAACCAGGUCGGAUUGCCGGCUGUUUCGCCUAAAGAGUUCGCCGGAGCUAGACUCGAUGCUAAAUACGAGGAAGCGAAAGCAGAGUCCGAAGUAAGAAUUCGAGAUGCUAUGUUUUUUCAAAUCUCAUCGGAUGGUUGGAAAUCAAAAAACUACGGACUUGGUGGGGAAGAGAAUUUAGUGAAUUUGGCUGUGAAUCUUCCCAAUGGGACUAGUGUUUUUCGGAGAGCCAUUUUCACUUCUGGGUCUGUGCCUUCUAUGUAUGCAGAGGAGGUUUUAUGGGACACAAUCAGAGAUAUUUGUGGGAAUGUUGUGAAUCAAUGUGUUGGUAUAGUUGCUGACAAGUUUAAGGCUAAAGCAUUGAAGAGCUUAGAAGCUCAACAUCAUUGGAUGAUCAAUCUUCCUUGUCAGUUUCAAGGAUUCAAUAGUUUGAUUAAGGAUUUUACUAAGGAGCUUCCAUUGUUCAACAAUGUGACUGAGAAUUGCUUAAAACUCGCGAAUUUCGUCAACAACAAGUCUCAAAUUCGAAACGCUUUUCAUAAGUAUCAGUUGCAGGAGUAUGGGCAAGCUGGGUUGUUGAGAGUACCAUUGCGCGAUUACGACAAAUCAAAUUUUGGACCUUUGCAUACUAUGGUUGAGGACAUACGAAGCUCGGCUCGGGCCCUUCAGUUAGUUUUACUCGAUGAAUCUUAUAAGAUUGUGUCAAUGGAGGAUCAAAUUGGGAGGGAGAUUGGGGUUAUGAUGACGGAUCCCCAUUUUUGGAACGAAUUAGAGGCGGUGCACUCACUGGUUAAACUGAUCAAACAAAUGGCUCAAGAAAUCGAAACAGAAAAGCCACUGGUUGGGCAAUGCAUUCCUCUCUGGGACGAUGUAAGAGCAAAAGCAAAGGAUUGGUGUUCUAGAUUCCACAUUGCCGAAGGACCUGUUGAGAAAGUGAUUGAUAGGCGGUUUAGGAAGAAUUAUCACCCGGCUUGGGCUGCAGCAUUUAUACUCGAUCCGCUCUAUCUAAUUAGGGACACCAGUGGGAAGUACUUGCCUCCUUUCAAAUGCUUGACGCCCGAGCAAGAAAAAGAUGUUGACAAGCUCAUAACCCGGCUUGUGUCAAGAGAAGAGGCUCAUAUCGCUCUAAUGGAGCUUAUGAAAUGGAGGACAGAAGGACUUGACCCAGUAUAUGCACAAGCUGUGCAGUUGAGACAGAGAGACCCCAUUACAGGAAAGAUGAGAAUUGCCAAUCCACAGAGCAGUAGGCUUGUUUGGGAGACUUACCUUACCCAAUUCAAGUCAUUAGGGAAAGUCGCUGUGAGGCUCAUCUUCCUACAUGCUACUUCUUGUGGGUUUAAGUUCAAUUGGCCUUUCUUGAGAUUGGUUAGUACCUCCCAUGGGCAGUCUAGGUUAGGCGUCGAUAGGGCUCAGAAAUUGGUAUUUAUUGCUGCUCAUUCAAAGCUUGAGAGGCGGGGCGUUUCUAAUGAUGAAGAAAAGGAUGCAGAGGUUUUCGACUUGGCAAACGAAGCAUUCGACAAAAAUAUUGUUAGACAUGAGAGGCCACCAUAAGAAUGCUCGGAUGGCAAUAAAAAUCAUUAGAUCAAGAUUGAAGAGGAUUUUUGCAGAAAGGGUCCAAGAAACGACUCUCGUUUUGGAAUUUUUUUUAUGUAAAGUUUCAUUUGGAAACAGAACAGGCCAGACGUUGUUGCUUGAACUGGUUGGGUGGGAUAGCGAGCCAAAAACCUGGGAAGGACUAGCCUUUGUAGCUGGAGGAGCAUUAGUGGAGGAGUAACCCCACCACCACCAUGAAAGGAGUGGAAGUCUUUUUCAAAGCUUUGGUUGUUAUGGAGAGAGGAUAAAAAAGAGCCCUUUAAGUGAAAUCAUCUUUUUGAGGGGUAACUUCUCUUUAAAACAUUCCAAAGAUGGUGAUGUUGUUGCAGAGUCAUCGGAUUAUGCUCUCUCUCUCUAUCUCUCUCCCCAUGAUUGCGAAAAAAGUGAUGUUAAGAGGACCCAAAGUAGACGAAGACUGUCGGCAUGAAGAACACAGAAGAUGCUUUGAUUGUCGAUGAUAGUGAUUUGGCAACUAAGUUGAGCUGAGACUUUGAAGCAGCUUAUAGAGUGUAGCGAAGCUCAUUGUUUUUAUUUGAUUUUGAUUUUUAAUUUUUCACUGUCAAAAUAUGUUCAAGUGCUGUGAAUUACUAUUUUUCCAUUUAUUGUGUAUAUGAUUUUGAAGGGGAAAAAAAAAGUGUAAAUACAUCUAUCCUUCAUCUGUAUAGUCCUCCUGUACGAAUAUCAUUCAAAGAA